AGUCUGUCACCAGGGCCACCACUUCUCCCUGGCUCUAAAGCAUAUGCUGCAACACACAGUCUCAGUCAAGGAGGUUUUGUGCUCUAAACGGAGGGGUGUGUGGGUGGGGGGACCAGAACACAGUCCUAACUCCAUUCUUGGCCCAGGUUUCAGGGCCACCCCUCCCAGGGCUCUCUGGCACUCCAGUUCCUAGCAGCCUCCUAGCCUCAGGAGGUUUAUUAACUUUCCAGUUUCUUAAAACCAGAUGCUAGAGGCCCCUCCCCUACUUACUCACUCCCCCUCCCCUGUGACUCACCUGCUGCCAGCAGAGCAGGCUGGGAGCAGACAUGGAGCCUACCUGCCCAGGAGAUACAGGUUGGAGGCAGCCCUGACUGAGAAGGGACUGACACAGGUUGAUUAACUGGUGCCCCCCUCAGUGUUCUGCACAUCACACUGGCCCCUCCCAGUCCCCACACAUGGCUAGCAGGGAACAGGUUGGCCAUAGCAUUGUAGGUAGUAACCCUAGGGUGACCAGAUGUCCCAAUUUUAUAGGGACAGUCCCAAUUUUGGGAUCUUUUUCUUAUAUAGGCUUCUAUUACCCCCCACCUCCUGUCCCAAUUUUCCACAUUUGCUGUCUGGUCACCCUAAGUAACCCCCUAUGCGAGCACCCCUGCAGGCAGUAACUAGACAUUUGGUGUCCAGUCAGUACCUCUGAUUGGACACGGUACAUGUUCCCUUGUGAUCAGAAUUUCUGGCAAAAAACCAGACAUGGUAACUCUAAGUCAGCUCUGCUUCCUCACUGGGGCAGCAUUUACAGGGCUACUUCCCUGAGCCCCUAGCUCUGGGGGACCCCCAGGUGCUAACACCACCCCCACUGUGAUUUAUUCCCCCAUACAGCUGCCCACUAGCAGCCCGUUAUAGGCCCAGAUGGAGCCCAGCCCUCUUUAAUUAGCUGGACUAGGCUCACCUGCUCCAGUCCAGGGGCACUGGGCUAAGUCUAUCCACAGAGACCAGCUACCCUUUGACAGGGUCUCAUUCAGCCCGGAUCUGUCAGGGUCACAGUACAAGAUGGUACUGCUGCUAGACCUGAAAGGGUUGGGGGUUAGCAGUAGGAAACUGGAAAAACAGAACUCAUUUUUGAUAACUUUCAAAUAUGGCACAGCAGUUGUGCCCAUGGAAUUGUGCCUUUGUACAUGCAAAUCAGGCAACCUUGUGUGCAACCAAGUAGCCAGGUGUGGAUGUGUGUUAAUUUUGUGCAUGCACACAUACUUGCCUGUGUUAGAAUUGGUUGCAUGUGUCUGACUAUAUCAGAAUGCAGUCUAUAAUAUGCACCAAACCAAGCUUUUUGAAAACUCAGAAAGAUGUGGCCUGGGUUGAAAGUGAAUGGCAACUGGAGAGAACACAGUUCUUAUUGUUGAUUAGUCAAGAUUUUGAAAAACGUGCAUAAAGUUAGGCCCCUAAAGCCCUUUUUAGGCAUGCUGGCUGAAACUUUCCAAGCUGUCUGGGGGAUUUAGACUCCUAGGCUGUUCAAAUCCUCAGGCAGCUUUGAGAAAUCUAAGCCCUAAAUGAGCAGUUUGCUUACUUUAAUGGGAGCUGCUGGGGGACACGGCCCUUAAAAAUCAGGCCACUUGUGUAGGAGCCUAAAUACAGAUUGAGGACCCUAGCUGUAAGCACCUAUUGUUUUGGGGUUUUUAAAAAAAAUUAUUUUAGGGUGUAGAGGGUAUUUAGUUUUCAAUGUGUGAAGAAUAAAGGUAAAAACAGGAUCUCCCUUUGAUGUUUACUCUUCAGACCUUUGCGCUGCCAUCCAAAAUUCUUCCUCUGAUAUUGGUGAGGCUAGACAGGACUACUGGAGCAGUUCAGUUUAAUUACCUUUCAUAGGUGCUCCCAAUACUGCAUUUUGAAUCUAAAAGGAUUUGUUUUCAUGUAUGUAGCUUUAUAGAUGGAUUCCCACAAAGAAGCCCAGCCGAAAGGAGACUUUGAAUGCCAACUAUGUGGGCUAACAGCCCCAUACAACUAUUAUGGGCAGAAACCACCAAACACUCAUUCUGUUGUCCUCCUGGAAGAAAGCUAUGUCAUGAAAGAUCCUUUCGUCGCCGACAAGGACAAAUUCCUUAUCCUUGGAUCUCAGUGCAGUUUGUGUAACAGACGUGUGUGUGUGGGCACAGAAUGUAGUCUGUUCUACUCAAAAAGGUUCUGCCUCCCCUGCGUUAAUGAAAACCUACAGGGGUUUCCUUUGGAAAUACGACAAGACUUGGAUAAAAGGAAGUCUCAUUCAAAAUCCCACCCCUCCAAAAAAGCAGAUGCAAGAACUUAAAUUAAAAGCAACUGGAAGAGACACUGCUCAGAGUUUCUGUUCUACAGCACGCGAUCACAGAGCAUAUCAGAAUGGAUAUUCAUAGAAAAGUAUGUGGUCUGGAGGCCAUUGCGUCAAGACUAAUGCCACAUGAUGACUUCUGCAAGCAGAUAAACUUGCAAUGGAACAUAUCUGCCGAUACUUACAAGACUGCAGCCUCUUUUCACUCCAACUUCCAAUGAGGUGGAAACAGCCUUUGGAGGGGGAGUGGGAAAGGAUUCCUUCCUAGGUGCAGCGUUUCCUUUACAAAUUAGUAAAAGAUAAUGCUUUCCGGAUCAUUUUUUGAUCUUGACUGGCCAAUAUGAUUUACUUGGAAAUAAUAAAGUUCAGCCGGUAUACUCUGUCCAAUUAACCCUUGCCUGUCUUGGGCAAUUAAAGAGACAUUCAAGAGAGAUUUAAAUUAGGCUGUGCGGGUUUAAACAAUUAUUAUUGAAAUGAUGGCCUUUAUUGAUUUUGCUUUACUUGCACGGGAUAUUUUAUAGAAAAAUUAAAGUCAAUGUGAACUUUAA